CAGUAGGCGACUAGACCUUGCGCCUGAGAAGCGUCGAGCAAGAUGGAUACCCGUAAAAGGAAAAAGAAAGUGCUCCUGAUGGGCAAAAGCGGCUCCGGGAAGUCGUCCAUGCGCUCCAUCAUCUUCAGCAACUAUGUCGCAAAAGACGUCCGACGAUUAGGAGCGACCAUCGACGUCGAGCACAGCCAUGCCAAAUUCAUGGGCAAUCUGACACUCAACCUGUGGGACUGUGGAGGUCAGGAUGCCUUUAUGGAUUCCUACCUCAACGCACAGCGGGAGAACGUCUUUUCCGAUGCCGAAGUGUUAAUCUACGUAUUCGAUAUCGAGUCGCGAGCGGUCGAGCAGGAUCUCGAGACCUACAGCCAGGUCAUCAAGGCUUUGAAAGAGUUCAGUCCAAAUGCACAUGUCUUCUGCCUGAUUCACAAGAUGGACCUCGUCCAGCACGAGCUCCGCGAGAGAAUAUACGAAGAAAGGUGUCGCUUGAUCACCGCCCGCUCAGAAGGACUCAGCUUGGAGACGUUCGCGAGCAGCAUCUGGGAUCAAACACUGUACAAGGCAUGGGCGGGGAUUGUCCAUAAGAUGAUACCGAAUCUGGUGGUCAUUGAGAAGUUCCUGGACGCAUUUGCGAAACAAUUACAAGCAGAAGAGAUUGUCUUAUUCGAGCGGUCGACGUUCUUGACCGUCACGAAUGUUGUUACGCAGUACGGGGAGGAUAACCCCAACCAUGACCGGCACGAGAGGAUCUCCAACAUCAUGAAGAGCUAUAAGCACACCGUGGCGAGAAAUACGCGGACAACAGCUGCGAGCGCAGGGUUUUUGCUGUUCAAAGUUCAGACGCCGCGCUUCAAUUGCUUCCUUGCAAGAUUCACGGAGAACACGUAUAUUUUCGUCGUCAUCCCGCCUGGAGAAGCAGCGUUCAACUGCGCUGUGCUCAACACUAUGAUGGCAAGGGAUGUUUUCAGGAAGAAAACUGGCGUUGAAGGUUGAAACGGUACGAGUCACGACCAAGGUCGUCGCAUCUCCUAGUGACGACCCGCGGUCUCUUCGCUGAAUGGACAAGUGGGUAUCAUCACAAAGAUCUCUAAUGCCGGCUACUCAGCUGCGGCGCACACAGAGAUCAUCAGCUGUCCGCAUAGACUUUUCUUGGGGCCCACGGACGGCUUCUCGACUUAGGCUACCCCCACUGGCAAUGUAUAAACAACGGAAGGCAGGAACAAUUCCAAAGCCUAAGGCAGUGGGCCUCAAACGUGAGAAGCCAUGUGGUCCGCAGCAUCGAGCCCCUUCACAUGGCCGGAAUUCAGGGUAUCAGGAGCCAUGCAUCCGGGAUCUCUUUGCACCAUGUUCCCAUGGGCUGUAUCUCGAAUCAUCCGAGAACGAUCGCCUACAAAGCACGAAAAGCCAACUUCGGUAUUCCUUCAGCCUGACGAGCUGCACGAUGGCCUCGUAGUAAGAAGGCAGCCAUAUACCGAUGAAAAUGUUCAAAUGAAAAGUGAAGGAUAUGAGUGGAACACAGAACGGACUGGAUCAGUGGCAAAUAGCUUGCAUAGGACGAAGGAACGACGGGAGUUGUUGACAGAAAGAGACGGACUCUAGCGGGAAUGAAAGGCGUCGGGAUGAUCACCUUGAGGUGUCGGACAUGCUGCAAUUAGCAGAACAUAUAAAGCAACAUCGCUCGGUGUUGGAGAGGAAAAAUCCACUUCGUUACUCGUUACUUUUCCUCCAACCCAGUUCAAGCUAAAUGACG